AAUCUAUUUGGUUGGUAGUCUGACAUAGGAGAACACGUGUGGCAACGAUUCCCGGCACAGAAGGAUGAUGUUCCUGCGAACCUGAUAACGGAUGAAGAACUGUUCGCGAACGAGUUUUUCGAGGUGGGGUCCGGGCUCGACGCAGUCCCUCCAGAACAGGAGCAGGAGCCCGCGCAGGAGCUGGUGUCCGUAGAGGAGCUGAUGUCCGCAGAUGAGCUGAUGUCCGCAGAGGAGCUGAUGUCCGCAGAGGAGCUGGUGUCCGCAGAGGAGCUGAUGUCCGCAGAGGAGCUGGUGUCCGCAGAGGAGCUGGUGUCCAUAGAGGAGCUGAUGUCCGCAGAGGAGCUGGUGUCCAUAGAGGAGCUGGUGUCCGCAGAGGAGGCGGUGUCCGCAGAGGAGGCGGUGUCCGCAGAGGAGGCGGCGUCCGCAGAGGAGGUGGUGUCCGCAGAGGAGGCGGUGUCCGUAGAGGAGGUGGUGUCCGCAGAGGAGGCGGUGCCCGAGCAAGAGCAGGUGCCCGCGCCGGUGGUGCAGCUGGACCCCUCUAUGUUAAUCAGACGAGUUGAACGCCGCUUCGGCGGAAUUCCCACCAAACUCAACUUACCGCUGCCCACAAACGCUAUACCAUUCCCGCUGACACGCGAUCGCCUGCGAAUGCGCUGCUUCGCCCCGAUCCCGCUCGACUUCUGCCGGGCCAUCAUCUGGCGCAACCCGCGCCGCGUGUAUUGCGUGCGCGUGACGCCGCCGUGGCCGCUGAGCUGGGAGGAGCGCGUGGCGCUCAUCGCCGUCGUGCCGCACCCGCGCCGCCCGCACCGCGUCACCCGCCUGCGCUUCAUCACCUUCACCCCGGACUGGGUGCUGCAGAGCUGGCAUUUCAACUGGAUGCGCGCCUGGAACUGCCCAAAUAAUGAUUUUGCAGUGGUGUUCGCUGAGGACACAGUGGUAGCCUACGUUCUCGUCGGGAACCAUGGUUGGCUGAAAGGGCGCCGGUUGAUAUUCACUCCAGAAGAAAUGGAGCUGCAUGAUGUGUUCUUUAAAGAUCGAGAUACUGAAUAAUCUUGUUUAAAUGGAGGUUGUUUUUUUUUUUGAAGAUGUUUGUUAUUUUUU